GUCAAGGUUAACAGGAAGUAGCUUGUUGACACAGAAACGGUGUUAGCUUAGGACGGUGUACAGGAGCAUGUUUAUGCGUUUUAGUUAUAGAUUUGCUGAUGUGACACAGGCGACUCCAUUCCUGCUUUCUAGGGGACAGCUAAUACAAGAUCAAAACCAGCGCCUGCUCAGAUAGUUAAGUCUGAAAUGGACGAACCCACAGACACAUCUGGUGGUGAAGACACUAAAGUUAACGCAAAAGCAAAGAAGAAUGGGAGAACCUCGUUGCUGGACAGCGGGGAGGACUUUGAGGUUCUGAAUGAAGACGACCUCGAAGAUGAUGAGCCCCCUCCUCUCGAAGAUGCUGGGAGUCCAACUGUCCAAGAAAAGCAAGACAAAAAUGAAAGUCCACUGGAUUCAAGUCCUGUAGAUGAGUGGCUGGAUGUUUUAGGUAAUGGUCAGCUGAAGAAAAAAGUACUGGUGCCAGGUAAAGGACGAGAUAGUAGACCACAAAAAGGACAAAAUGUUAAAAUCAAUCUGAAGACCACUAUAAGUGAUGGCACCGUUGUUGUGGAGAUAUCUGACCUGUCGUUCACUUUAGGAGAUGGUGAUGUCAUCCAGGCACUUGACCUCACAGUGCAGCUUAUGGAAUUGGGAGAGAGAGCUCUAGUACUUACUGAUGCAAAAUAUGCAUAUGGUUCUCAAGGAAGUUUUGACCCUAAAGUCCCUCCAAACGCUGAGCUCUCAUUGGAGGUGGAAUUGCUGGAGGUCACUGAUUCUCCUGAACUGGAACUACUGCCCCCUCGAGAAAAGAUUGCCCUGGCUGAUCAUAAAAGAGAAAGAGGCAAUGCCCACUAUCAGCGUGGGGAUUAUGCUUUUGCUGUGAAUUCUUAUAGCAUAGCCAUGCAAAUAACAGAUUCUAGUUCAAAAGUUGAUAUAACUACUGACGAAGAAAAUGAACUUGUAGAUGUCAAAGUUAAAUGUUUAAACAAUAUGGCUGCUGCUCAGCUUAAACUUGAUCACUAUGAAGCUGCUCUUAAAUCCUGCAUCUCAGCACUGUCACACCAACCAGAAAAUGUGAAAGCACUUUUUCGAAUGGGAAAGGUUUUGGCCUUGCAAGGUAACUACACAGAAGCUAUUCAAACUUUGAGGAAAGCGCUGAAGUUGGAACCCAGUAAUAAGACUAUACACGCAGAGCUUUCCAAACUGGUGAAGAAGCAUUCUGAGCAGAGGGGCGCAGAGCAGGCCAUGUAUAAGAAGAUGCUGGGAAACCCUUCCAGUUCUGGAAGCAGUAUACAGAAACACAAGGCAAAGUCAUCAUGGGGUCUCAGUUGGAAAUGGUUAUUUGGAGCCACUGCUGUAGCUAUUGGUGGUGUAGCAUUAUCUGUUGUCAUAGCUGCUAGAAACUGAACCAAGCCUGCGGUAAUGACCUAGUCCAACCUUGACAGGAGGAAGCCUAUAUUCGGCAGCACAUCGGGCCGUACCUUUUAACCUGAGUUGUGUGUAUAGAUGCCAUUGAUGGGUUGCCACUUGACUCUCUUCUCUCUGCUAUGCUUGAGGUAUACAAGUGGUACAUACUAAUCUCAAAUUUGCUAUUUGGGAGAUGCACAAGUAAAAUGUGUAAUUAUAUGCAUGUCUUUAUCACAUUGUCAUUUUCUACUACUUAUGUUUUUUUUACUAGUAUUACUAGGCUGUGUGGAUUUUAGUUAAAAUCAUUAACCCCAUUUUAAAACCCAUAGAUUUUUUUAAAAUGACAUGCUUUCCUGCAUUCCUUAUACAACUGUUAUACUUAAGCAUUUACUCUAUAUUGUGAUAAGACCAAAUUGAUUUUCUAUUGGUUUGAUGGUUAUUCCUUUUUUUGGCAAUCACUGAAGAAAGCCGACAAAGCCAAUUCACGCAUUCCUUGUGUUAAAUUGUUAUUCAUCAAAAUAAAACUUGUAUGCAAUAAAAUAAAA